UUCAAAGGAGGCAAACGUUCCAAAAGCAAAAGGAAAUCCCCCACUGACCAGACUGUGUCGCCGUCUGCUGCUCUCAGCUCUGCUGCUCUAGUACGGUGCACUGUGCGCGUGCACAUCGAGGAGAGCUCCUACAGCAGCGUAGCGCUAAAAAACAGCUCGUUGUCUGUUUCUGUCGAAAAUCGGAUUUUAUCGGGUUGGAUUUAAAGAAUUCGGGGAAGCCCCGGAAACCCGAAUAGAUCUACACCGAUGAUCCCAUUUACAGUUGCUUAUAACCACUAAAUCACCACAAUGCCUCUCGUUCUGCACCGGCUCUCUUUAACUCCAGAAAGUAGAGAACACACAUCAACGCAUUUGAAGAGGCCGACACGGUGAAUGGAUGCAGUGCACUCACGUGCCGUGGGGGCGGAGUCAGGUGUUAGGGGAGGAGGGGAGAGGACGUCAUGUUGAGGAAACGAAACCUAAAGCACCCCGACGUGUAAGCAGUUCUCUCUUCUAGGAUAAAUAUAACACGCAUUACAUAGUCCGACAGACAGCAACAACAACAAGGUAUGGCCUGUGCAAACGCUCCCUGGUCUGAAGAGAACUUUUCAUGUUCUAUCUGCCUGGAUGUGUUCAGCAGUCCAGUUUCCACUCCAUGUGGACACAACUUCUGCAGAACCUGUAUUACAAAGUACUGGAAUGAACAAGUCAAGUACAAAUGUCCCGUUUGUAACGAGCUUUUCAACACAAGACCUGAUUUACGGGUCAAUACCCUCUUAUCAGAGAUGGUUCAUCGGUUUGGAACGUCCGUACAAGUAAAAGAGCAACCUGGUGUUGAACCAGCUGAAGUUCCCUGUGACGUCUGUACUGGGACCCAGCUGAAGGCUGUGAAGUCCUGCCUAGUGUGUUUUACCUCUUACUGCCAAACCCACCUGGAGCCACAUCAGAGAGUCGCUCGCCUGCAGAAACAUCGGCUGGUCGAGCCUAUGGACCGUCUGGAAGACAGGAUGUGUAUGAAACACGACCGACUUCUGGAGCUCUUCUGCCAGACUGAACAGGUGUGUGUGUGUCAGUAUUGCACAGAGACAGACCAUAAGUCACAUCCUGUUGUACCUCUAAAGGAGGAAUAUGAAGUGAAGACGGCCCAGCUGGGGAAGAUAGAGGCUGAAGUUCAGCAGAUGAUCCAGGAGAAACAAAAAAAUAUUCAGGAGAUUAAAGACACAGUUAAACGCAGCAAAGCAGAUGCAGACAGAGAGACAGCCGAUGGUGUGCAGGUCCUCACUGCUCUGAUGCGCUGCAUUGAAAAGUGCCAGAAUGAUCUCAACCAAAUGAUUGAAGAGAGACUGAAAUCCACAGAGAAACAAGCUGAAGACCUCAUCAAAGAGCUGGAGCAGGAAAUAGAAGACCUGACCAAUAGAAGCUCAGAGGUGAAGCAGCUGUCACACACUAAAGACCACCUCCACUUCCUCCAGACCUUCAGAUCCCUGAAGGAUCCUCCACCAACCAGGGACUGGACGACGGUGGAGGUCCGUCCUCCGUCAUACGUAGGGACCUUGAGGAGAUCUCUGGAUCAGCUGGAGGAGACACUGAACAUGGAGAUGAAGAAGCUGCGUGAUGCUGAACUGAAGAGGGUCCAGCAGUAUGAAGUAGAUGUGACUCUGGAUCCUGAUACAGCUAAUCGCUGGCUCAUCCUGUCUGAGGAUGGGAAACAAGUACAUGAUGGAAAUGUGAAGAAGGAACUCCCAGACAACCCUAAGAGAUUUACACAGUGUGUAUGUGUUCUUACGAGGCAGAGCUUCUCCUCAGGGAGAUUUUACUUUGAGGUCCGGGUUAAAGACAAGACUCAAUGGGAUGUGGGUGUGGCCAGAGAGUCCAUCAACAGAAAUGGUCGGAUCAAAUUGUCCCCUGAGACGGGAUACUGGACCAUAAAAUUCAGCAAGGUUGGCUUGGUAUUUAAAGAUAACCCUGCUGUCCGUCUCCCUCUGAGAGCUGAGCUCCAGAAGGUGGGGGUGUUUGUUGAUUAUGAUGAGGGUCUGGUCUCCUUCUAUGAUGUGGAAGCCAGGGUUCAUAUCUACUCUGCUACUGGCUGCCCCUUUAGUGAGCCUCUCUAUCCAUUCCUCUGUCCGAGUCUACCUGUUGGUGGUACAAAUUCUGCCCCCCUGAUCAUCUCACCUGUCAAUCAAACAGAAUAGGACCUUUGUUUGAUAAUAAAAUAAUGAAAACAUGCAAAACAACGGAUGUUGUUUUUUGAAUUAGAAUCUCUACUAUCUGAGAUCUGAGAGAACUGCAUUAAUGUUGUGCCGCUGUAAUUUAAAAAGGAGAAAUUCAGUAGGAAGUGUACCCUCACUAUUAUAAAUGAUAACCCAUUG